AUGGUUGCUCCUUGCCAGACCACACAACCGAAAGGGAGAUCACACCUCACGAAGCGGAAGCACCCUGACGAGCCCUCACCUCAAGACGAUUCUCCUUCGAUCGGUUGCAAGCGACAACGCACCGACAAGCCUUCGCUUCAGGGCAGCUGUUCAGGAAGUGAACCUAGUUGGCAAUACCCCCCAAUAUUUUGGGACAGAUUAUCCAGCAUACCACUUAUUCCCAGCGCCGUAGAAGAGCUUCAAAGGCGCAUCUAUACGCCGCCUCCCUUUCCUUCGCGGCCGACUGCGCAGAAUCUCUCCCAGAUUGCCACCAGAGAGCUUGCUCGAUUUGCGAGACACGGCGGUCCAGACUUGCGUGACCUUAGAGGGUAUCCUCAGCCGAUCAGAAGGCACCGACCUGCAGACACCAUGAACUCUCCUCCACAACACCAAGGUGCCAAUGCCACCGACCCAUCAACGAUGCCCACCCCAGUAACGACCCCGACCAAACCAACGACAAACGCAUAUCACGCCGGUUUCGAGCAACACUUGAUUGACCAUGAAGUUCACCCCCCAACAUUCGCCUCACAAGGGCCAGAAUGGGCAGAGAUCAUGGAAGCCCUGGAUAGACGGAGGCCAUCACUCUCGCCUUCGUUGUUCUCCUCUACCAACUUCGAUACGUUUCGAGCGAGAAAUUUUGCCGCCAAAAACGAAGCUGCUGUACUAAGGGCUGUAAUCCCAACCAUAACCGGCCCAAUCGAAGCCGAUCCUCUCUGCCUCCCAAACGCCCAGUUUACCAAGCUUAAGCCGCUCACCGACGGCACGAUCGUACCUGCAAAACCAGAUUUCUAUUACGGCGCUGACCCCAAAGAUCUUGACCGGUCGAUCCGCGAUGAGCUCGCUGGCGACAUCAUUCCGUCGGCCUGGGAAGACAGGCCGAUGGUGCCCAACUUCUUUCUGGAGGUCAAGGGCCCAAAGGGAACCUCAGGUGUGGCAACGCUGCAAGCUUGCUACGAUGGCGCCCUUGGAUCUCGGGCCAUGCAUAGAUUUAGUGGCCUCGUGGAGUCUUAUUGGAACUAUUGA